GGGACUUGAGUUUAAUUUCAUUUAAAUUAAAUUUUAAAAAAAAAUUGAUUUUCUUCGAGAAAAUGCCACCAACUGCGCAACCACUGGAGUUUGAUGAUACAGCAAAUGCUGUGCUUCCGGUUUUGUAUUCUUCGACAGACGAAGAAGUCGGAAUUUGGCGAGAGCUCCUUGCUUCCAAAAAGACAAACACGAAUCAAGGCAGCACGGUGAUUGUUCUGGGGGACAACCGAAGCGGAAAGUCGUCUCUUCUUUCCCGUCUGGACAAAUCUGAUAGAACCGUGAAGCCAAAAUCACUACUUGGAUAUCGUGUGCUCCACGUGCAAAAUGAUGCUCGUGACGCCAGUUAUGCAUAUCAACUGGGAACAGCCGGAGCCAAUCUCAAUCCAUCAGAGUUGCUUCAAAUCCCUGUCUGGUCUUUGGAUGGGAAUGCGGCGUGUGCUUCCCUUCUGAAACAUGCUCUUCCAGCAACUCCCGCGGAAGCUAUCUUCAUUCUUACCGCGAGCAUUGAUAAUCCGAAUCUCAUUCAUUCCUUGAAAAGAUGGGCAAAUGUGUGCACCGAGCAAGCUCAGAAACAUUUCACCAAAGAAGACUUGAAAGCCGGUAGAUCUCAACAAGAAAAAAUGUGGCAAGAGUAUGUGGAUCCGGUUCAAUCACAAAUGAGCACUUCCGUAGUUGGAAGUUUCGCCGAUGAGCACAACCUUCUUCCUCUCGACCAAGGAACUCUUACUGAGAACUGUGGAGUCACGUUCAUGGUGGUCAUUACCAAAUCUGACCUGGGAAAGGAAUUCACAGAUGCUCAAUUCGCGAAGAUCAGCAUUCAACUGAGAAAAUUCUGCCUCAGUCUCGGAGCGACUCUUGUCUUCACCAGCGCAAAAGAGACUAAAAAUAUUCAGCUCCUCCAAAAGUACAUUGUACAUCGAUCUUUUGGCACGGCUUUUACCAGUGCAGCUCAAGUGAUUGAAAGAGAGUCGAUCUUUGUUCCAGCUGGAUGGGACGGAGAGAAAAAGAUCGAUAUUAUUCGUGAGUCUAUUCCGGAUGUGGAUUCAGCUUUAGAGCCGACUCGCGAUAAGCUUAGACCUGUCGCAAAAGAGCAGCUCAUCGAAGCCGAGGAAGAUCAGGCUUUCUUGAAGAAGUUGAUGGACAUCCUGGCAACUUCAACCACUACGGCCGCUCCCAAGCCGAGGACUAUGCAAGAAGAGCCUACCGAUAAGGACAGUCCACUCGCCAAUUUCUUCUCCAACUUGCUCAAUAAGGACAAGCCGAGCAAGGUGAGCUCUCCUUCCACUGUUUCCCAGCCGAUGGAUGCCGCAGCCACCCAGGCCCAACUCGAUCGUCUUCUGAAGUCUGCGCAAAGCCCGAAACCUCAACCCCGGGACAGUGAUGCAUAACGUCAUUUUCAUAAUCUAUUUAAAUAUUUUAAGCUUUAUCGCCGGUCAUUUUAUUCUCCUUUGCGAUACGAUUUUUAUUAUAUGCUGUUUCUGUAAAUACCCACACAACCAUAAUGUAGUUCGUUUCAAGUUUA